CAGCUGUAGAUAGUCCAUCACUACUCCAGCUUCUUCCCAUUUCCAUGGCGCGGCGACGCGGCAAACUUUGUCCGAGGCGCUCUUCUCGUCCGUUACGCCAUCCUCUCGACAUGGGAGGUGGGGUGAGGCCGAGGCGCCGCGUCGUCGUGAUCGCGAGGCACGUGAGAGGCAAACAUAACGCCUCUCCUGUCGUGACGACGACGACGACGAGAUUCGGUACUAUAAAGUCCGCCGCAGGAGCGCAAUGUAGCAUGCUUCAUUACUCAGCGCUCUAGCGUUCGACUACCCUCUCUCGAAAGUCUUAUCGAUUCGGAGUGGCACUCACAGCACCACCUGUUUGCAUAUUUCCCCCGCGACUAGUCCACUCAUAUCUCAACUAGUCGUCGACUCCAACUGUUUGGAGUAGCUCUCUCGAGUAUUCGUCGGCGCCAUCAUGAGUCGCGCACUUCUCCUCCUUAUCGCGCUAUCCGCGUUAUUCGCAGCAACCGGCAUCGCUGCGACUAAGCCCUCCGGCUCUGGCGGAAUCGCCCUCCGCGGCGGCAGCGGCGGCGGCGGCGGGAAAAGCGCCGCAAUGGCUAGUACUACUAGUGGAAGCGCCAAUGUUACCAACGCUGCUGGCGGCGGGAAGGGCAACGCAACAGCAGGGGUGAAGCGCGGUGGCAAAGUCGGCGUGUUGUGCGGAGAGUGCAGCAAAGGAGGAUCCUCCGGCGGCGGCGCAUCUCGCGGCGGAGGAGGGGGCGGCGGUCACGACGACCAUCAUGGCUCGGGAGGGUCGCACGGUGGGUCGCAUGAUGACGAGUCGCACGGCGACGGUUCGUAUCACGGGCGCGGGCGCGACGAGGAGCAGGAGGACGAGGAAGACUCGGCGGAGGAGCAGCAGCGAGGCGGCAGUCAUCGUGGUGGCGGCGACUGGGAUUCGGCGAAUGAGGAAUCCGAGGACGACUCGGAUUCAGCCGAGGGCAGCGACGAUGAGAGCGACUGCUCCAGCGGUGGCAGCAGCAGCAGCAGCGCGCCGAGGAAGGGCAACGAGGGCUGGUGCGCGGGGGGGGCGGUGAAUGUGAAGGAGUGCUGCAGCAAGUGCCGGAGCACCAACGCCACCAGCGACGGCAAGCCCUUCAACUGCCGCCACUGGGUGCACAUCCCGUCAAUCAGCUCCCACCGCGGCAGCAGCAGCAGCAGCAGGCAGUGCGGCAAGUGCAUCCUGCUGCCUGCCAUCGACGCCCUCACGCCCGUGAAGGCCACCCGGGAGCGGUGCGGCAGCACCAACCACACCAAGGUGCGCGUGGGCAAGCGCUGCCCGUACGGCGAGAACGACCCGCACUUUCUGGGCGCGCAUGGCACGCGCUUUGACUUCAACGGGCUGCCCAACCGCUCCUUCUGCCUCUACACCGACCGCCACGUGCACCUCAACAUGGCCAUGCGCGGCUACCUCGACUCGCGGCCCCUCCCUGCUGCUGCUGCCACUGCUGCUGCUGCUGGUUCUGUGGCCGCUGCUGCUGGGUCUGCCAUGCCUGCUGCUGGUUCUGCCACUCCUACUGCUGCCACUUCUGCCAGUGCUGCAUCUUCUGCUAACGUGCUGGCUGCUGCUCGUUUCGUCAACGGCUCGGCUGUCCGCACGUGGAUCCGCCAGCUGGCAAUCAUGUGGCACGAUGGGGAGGGCAGCAGCAGCAGCACAAGUGCUUCUACCUCUUCUCACUCUCUCGUGCUCACCGCACGGGACGGAAAGGAGCAGACUCGCGGCUCAAAGGGCUUCCUUGCAUCGGCUACUCUCGACAAUGUGCUUCUCCCUCGCUUGACCCUUGGCCAGAGCCACAUUCUUUCCAAUGGGCGGCUGAACCUGUCCUUUGUGGGCCAGGAGAAGACCGGCCCGUAUGACGUGGACGUGUACUCGCUCCGCCUGGACAACCUCCUGGAGCUCGACCUGAAGCUGCGCGCCGCCCACCCUCUGUUGCAAACACCUGAGGACGCCCAGGUGCACAUCAACGUGAUGUUUGUGGACUCGAACCCGAGCGGGCAGGUGCACGGGGUGAUGGGGCAGACCUUCCGCAGCGGCAGGGAGCGACGAACCAUGGAGUAUUCGAGGCUCUCUGCCCUGCUGCACCACCCAGUGUCGGUGGACGGGGAGGAGGGGAAGGGGUUUCUGGAUGGGGAGGCGGCGGACUAUGAGACGACUGGAGUUACGGCUGCUGACUGCAAGUUCACUGCUUUCAAUGGGGGACAGCUGCCCCUGCUGUCAGAGUAGAAAGGACGGGAGGGCAUGAGCAUGAAGGGAGACCCAUGGUCAUGUGGUACCAAGGCUCGCAAGAAACGUGGCAAGCAGCUAGUAGUGGCAAGUGUGGCUGAUGGCCUUGGAGUCAACUGCUUCACACCAUCCUCGCAACACAAGUGCAUUCCAGCAGGCCCUCAAGCUAAUGCAUGCUUGGUUUCGCCUGGAGCAAGUGUAGGAGUCGACCAAAUCGGCCUGUAGGAUUCCAUCAAUCGCUGUUUGUGUACUGUUGUAAAUUUGUAAUUU